AUGCCUGAAAAAACCACUACACGAUUACCCCUUCACAUCAACAUAAAUACCGAUGUGUUUACCACCAAAACAAAUUUUCGACGCAAACUAUUGCAAGAAUCACCUUUAAUCCCUCAAAUUUUAAAUCGAUUUCCAUCAAAAGAAGAAAUAAUAUCACAAGACAUACCAUCAGUAGAUGUGUUAAGCAACGUUUUUCCCACUGAUGGUGAUGGAGAAACUACUGCAAUUCUAUUGAAUUGGUCUAGAUUAGAAAAUUUGAAAAUUAUAGUGAAACAUCUGUGCCAAUAUUCAAUGUUUAAGGAGAUCAUGAUAUGGAACAAUAAUGGUGAUAUACAUCUUUCUGACCAAGACGAUGAUUGGAUUAUCCGGCAUAUGCGUUCUAUAUAUGCUAACUUUUUACGUUUCCCAAAUUUAAUUCACACCGAUACAAAUGCGGAUGUAUAUUCCCUGACCAAUUGGAAAUGGUGUUUUUUUGAUGAUUCUGUCGAUUUACACGCUUGUUUUUCUUGGGUUGGAACCGGUGCUUUUACUUCUCGGGAAAAUGUAGUAAGGUUUCUCAAAAUGGCUUCGAUCACUGAGAUGGAUCCAACUGAAUUUGCGUAUGGCGACAUGUAUUUCACAACAUUUAUGAAUCAAGUGCCAUAUCAGUUGGAGAAUGAAUUAAUGGAGUUACCGCAGGAAAAUGCUUUUAGUGCUGGAGAGGGAAGAAUUCGCAACAAAAUUUACAUGCACAAAGCUUUGGUACGUUUAUACGAUCAUCUAAGUCGUAAAACAGGUGCUUUUGAAACUAAGGAAAUUUCACCUAGCAUAUAUCAACGUGAUGUACGCUCUCCUUGCGCGAAUGAUAGAUGUUUGUUUCUUACAAAUAAACAUUCUUUUCCGGACGUUCGAGCAUUUCGGUAUAGACCAUAUAUUAAUAUUAGUGAGUCUGAACGUGUUCAUGAGAGUUAUUAUGACACUGGACAUUUCAUUCGUCAUCCUUAUUCGCACGCAGUGGACGAUAAAGAUUGGACCGCAUGGAAAUCACAAGAGGUCAUUCGUAAGGAUGAUUAUAUUAGUUUAGAUUUGUUGUUCCCGAUGCCAUUCCCACUCAUAUUUACUCUCGUAGUCGAUCACCACAGAGAUUAUUUCUCUUCGUUAAAUAUAAAGAUACAAAUAUCUUAUAAUGGAAUAGAUUGGAUACAAUUGUCACCAUUACCGAAAAUAGAAGUUAGACAGCUUCCACAAACUGGCCUUGACGGAAGAACACAUUUAUUAUCAUGUACUUUUCAAAUUCGAGAGACUGGCAUCCGGUUUGUAAGAUUAACUAGUACAAGAGAAUGGGAAUUUCCAUACGGUAUUUAUGAUUUUUCCUUUCGUGCUCGUAUUGAUAGACUUGACAGUGGCAUAGACGAUUAG